ACUCCCAUCUCCCUCAUGACGUCACCACACCACAAUGGCGUUGGACGGGAACGGUUCGUGUUCCACCUCGUCUUCGGAGGACCAAAGCGAGAAAAAAACAUCCGUUUCAUUCGGUUUCGCUAAAACAUUGAGCAAAUUCAAACCUCCGAGUGGCGACGCCCUGACAGAGAAAGAUGACAUCGAUUAUCUGACCGGAAUCACCAAGAAUGAAUUGCAGAGUACGAAGCCAUCUGAAGAACCAACGGAACUUGUCAUCCCCUUGAUUCUGAAAAACCGCUGGCGCGACCCCCACCAAGACAACCAGACCCUUGGAAGUGGAGACAAAAUUUGCAAAUCGACUCAACUCAAUGGUGAUGGAAGUGGAGACAAAACUCACGAGAGUGACUCCGUGGAGGCUCAGGCGGUCAAAGAGCUUAUUGAAGAUUCAAGGCGGAAGCUGGAAGAGUUGCAGUCGGAGGCUCAUCUCAACCUAACCAUCCCCCUGUUGGCGCAAAACAAGGUGCCUGAUGGCUUUGAGGAUGGUGACCAUUUAAAUGUGGAGCUGCGGCCAGAUCCUUCAACAGAAGAAGAUUAUGAGAGAGUUCCUGUUGAAGGCUAUGGACUGGCCAUGCUGAAGGGGAUGGGCUGGAAGAAAGGGGAAGGCAUUGGCCGCACCUUCAAACAAGAUGUGAAGCCAUAUGAAUACAAGCCCCGUGUCAUCGGCUUGGGUCUCGGGGCAGAUCGCUCGGCCAUCAAGGAUCUGGAGCCCAGAAAACGUCGGCGCCCGCCCAAGCCUGGCGAGGAACGCGACGAGGAAGAGGAGGAGCACCUGGUGUUGGGUCGCGGCGGAUGCGUGCUGCUGGAGUCAGGGGCGCAUAAAGAGCGCUACGGAAAGAUUGAAGCUCUGGACACGGACAAUGCUCGCGUCUUGGUGAAGUUGGCGAUUGGCGGUGAUGUGGUUUCAGUCCAUCAGUAUGCUGUGAAAUUGGUCAAGCAGAAGGAAUACGACAGAUACGGCAAAGACCUCAGUCGUCUCAGCAAAGCACAUAAAACCAAGGUAAAAGAGGAGCGGGAGCGUGACGAGCGACAGCGACAGGAGGACAGAAAGGGGCGGCACACAGAUGAGGUCAAGUCUUCCGAGAGAGAUGGAGGAAAAGAUGACAGGAAAAGGAAACACAGAGAAUCCAGUCAUGACAGGGAGAAGCCUCCGCAAAAAGAGGCAAGGCAAGCAAAGGCGCCGCCCUGCUGGCUCCAGCGCGACUUGAAAGUUCGUUUUGUAGAUAAAGAUUUCAAGGGGGGAAAAUACUACAACUCAAAGAUGCGUGUGGAGGAUGUCUUAACGCCAUCGACCUGCAUUUGCCGAACUGAAGAAGGAAGACUGAUAGAUGAUGUGAAGCAGGACAUGUUGGAAACAAUAGUGCCCAAAAGCGAAUAUGACGCCAUCAUGGUUGUACUUGGUGACCAUCGGGGACAGGUGGGCCGUAUUCUGCAGCGGGACAAGGACAAGUGCAGAGCGAUGGUCCAGCUUGACAGAUAUGAAAAGAAACUCUUCACUUUGGACUAUGACUUUAUUUGUCACUAUUUAGGAGCUUCUGACCACUGCUGAAUUUUGGCAAAUAUUUCAAUUAUUGUCUUAUUGUAACAACAAAGCAUCAUUUUUGUAAUGUUUGGAAUAAAAUUGUGAAUUUGCACACAUUA